AUGGAUGCGACCAGCGAUACCACUAAAAUCCUGGAGAAGGGUCCUGAAUACCUUCGAAAACAAAUGGAACUGGAGAGUGAGACAAAAGGACGCAUGAGUGCUGUGGAGAGGCUUGCCGCAAGCAAACUGAAAUAUGUCAAAAGCCAACAGGUGGUCAACUCAACUCAGGAGCCGGUAAUCAGUUUUGGAUCACCCUCUGUGAGCAGCACUGGGUCUUCUAACCGGAGUUCAAACCGCAGUGGGAAACUUGUCACAGGGAGUAACUCAACAAAAGCCGCAUGCGGUGCUCAAAACUGCUCACCAGGGCAGAAAAAUGUCCCGUUACCUGAGACGGCAGAUAAGGAGGGUGAAGCUGAGCAGAAAAUCGCCACACCUGAGGGAACAGUAAAAGAAUGCAGCUUGCGUGUUGGUGCUUCAGGGACAAAUUUGACAGCUGGUGUUGGAAAUAAAUCUGCUGGUCUUCUAAAGGUUCCUGAGUUUGAAAGGAGAUGUGGCAAAGGGGUCAGUCGUUCUCACUCUGACAUCAGCUCCAGGUACUCCAAAAACUUUGCAGACUUUGAUUCUUUUUUUAUGUACUGUGGGCUGGACGGUGAGGUUAUUGAGUCUCUGGGGAAGGAGAACUUUUCGGCACGCUCAGAUGAAGUUGCAAUAAACAUCCGAAGUGCCAGCGUCUCGACAUCAGACGACGGUUUCUCCAGAAACAGUGGCGACAGCGACGGACUACUGGAGGAUGAGUUACAUGGAAAGAUAAAUCAGGGGACAUCAGUUAUUGAGCGCAAUGCAAGGAUAAUCAAAUGGCUGUACAGCUGCAAAAAUGCCAAAGAGAGUGGGAAAAAAUUAAGAGACCUUGAUUGA